GAACAAAUGUUUGACUUUUCAAGAAGUGCUCCAAAGCCCAAUAAUAACAAAAAGUCUCUGAAUUUUAGGUCAGUUUUCAUAACAAAAUCCUCCAUAAACAAUCAUGGUCACAUUCACACAUAAGUCCGCAAUCAACUGCUGCAUAUUCAAAAAGACAAAUCCUGCAUAGCUGUAUACACAAACCAAUAUUUGAUAUUGUGAGAAAUGAGUGAGAUGAAGCCGGUUUUUCGUUUCGUGGUGGUGUUGUAUAUGUUAACCGCGGCGAGUUUAUGUUACGCGGGCAGAAGUAGAAAAGUUGAGGUUAUGAAGCAUUUGAAUCGUUUAAAUAAACGUCCGGUUAAAUCCAUCGAGAGUCCAGAUGGUGAUAUAAUCGAUUGUGUUCGUAUAUCACAUCAACCGGCUUUUGAUCAUCCGUUUCUCAAAAAUCAUACCAUUAAGAUGAGGCCGAAUUAUCAACCAAAUUGGAUAAAUAAUAAUAAUAAUAAUAAUAAUGACAUUAAAGUGUCAUCUAUGAUGAAUCCUUCAAAAGAUGGUGAAUUAUCAUCAGAAAAGGAAACAAUGACUCAGUUGUGGAACUCAUAUGGGAAAUGCCCGAAAGGGACAAUCCCGGUUAGGAGAACGAAGAAAGAGGAUGUGCUCAGAGCGAGUUCUGUCAAACGUUACGGGAAGAAGAGUUCUUCUACUUUUGCUCAACUAAACUCCAUUGAUCCCGACCUCAUCAAUCAAAACGGCCAUCAGCACGCGAUUGCAUAUGCUCAAGGGGAAUUUUAUGGAGCGAAAGCAACGAUAAAUGUAUGGAACCCGAAGAUUCACCAAUCUAACGAAUUUAGUUUGUCGCAAAUUUGGUUAUUAGGAGGCUCUUUCGCUUCAGAUCUCAAUAGCAUUGAAGCUGGUUGGCAGGUGAGUCCAGAUUUGUAUGGAGAUAAUAACACAAGGCUCUUCAUCUACUGGACUAGUGAUGCAUAUCAAGCAACAGGGUGUUACAAUCUUCUAUGCUCAGGGUUUAUUCAAACCAACAAUGAGAUUGCAUUGGGAGGAAGCAUAUCUCCUAUUUCACAAUUUGAUGGUUCUCAAUAUGAUAUAACUAUACUUAUUUGGAAGGACCCGGAUGAAGGAAACUGGUGGAUGCAAUUUGGUAACGGUAAAGUGUUAGGAUACUGGCCAGCGACACUCUUUUCGUACUUAACCGAGAGUGCAUCAUUGAUAGAGUGGGGUGGCGAGGUGGUGAACACAGCCUCAGACGGGCAACACACGACUACCCAAAUGGGCAGCGGUCAAUUCCCACAAGAAGGAUUUAGUAAAGCAAGUUAUUUCAGAAAUAUUCAAACAGUGGAUGAAUCCAACAGUUUAAGGGAUCCUAAAGACCUUAACACCUUUUCUGAGCAACCCAAUUGCUAUGAUGUUAAAACAGACAGCAAUGGUAAGUGGGGUAGCCACUUUUACUAUGGUGGACCGGGUCGAAACCCAAACUGCCCGUAAAAACAAUGGAAACGAAAUGUUGUUUUUAUGUUUGUAAUUCAUGAGCAACUUAGCACCUAUAUUAGUCAAUAUGAUAUGAUUUAAUUUCAUUUACAAAACUAUAUAUUGAUAAUGUUGAUCAAAUUUUGGCAAAAA